ACGGAAAUAGCACUGAUUUGCGGCAAAUAUGGUUUCGCACUCUUUGCGACUGUGAUUAAAUAGCAACAAAGACUAACGCCGAGAAACUUUGUCUGUGUGUCAGUCGAACAGCUAACGUUGUCAUCUAGACAUUGCCUUUCUGCUGUUUUCAAGGCUUCAUCUGUCCUCAUGGAAACAGAGGAGCAGGCCAGGAACCGGUUCCAGUCAGAGCUGGAGUUCGUCCAGUGCCUGGCCAACCCAAACUACCUGAACUUUUUGGCUCAGAGAGGCGUCCUGAGGGAACGACCCUUCAUCAACUACCUGAAGUACCUGCUGUACUGGAAGGAGCCUGAGUACGCCAAGUUCCUCAAGUAUCCUCACUGUCUCCACAUGCUCGAGCUGCUGCAGUACGAACACUUCAGGAAGGAGUUGGUCAACGCUCAGUGUGCCAAGUUCAUCGACGAGCAGCAGCUGCUGCACUGGCAGCACUACUCCAGGAAGCGGACUCGGUUGCAGCAGGCACUGGCCGAGCAACAGCAGCCGCAGCAGCAGCCGCCGCCGCACGGGAACGCCGCCACCAAGUGAUGAUGUCACUGGGGGAGGAGUUCGACUCAUUCUGGACUUUUGAUGCUUGAGAGUUUAAAAACAUGAUGCAGUUUUGUGGUGUUGUGGUUAGUGAAGACCUGGGACCAGGAGGUGCUGGGUGGGACACGUCAGCGCUCUACGGUGGACAAACCGUUCGUCAUGGCGACAGGUCAAUGUAUGGAGUUAAUGAUACUGCUUAGUUUAGUGACGGUCCCUCUGGCCUCUUUUGAACGUCCUGUGAUGGAUUUCAAGAGUGGAACUGUGACUGAACGUUCUGAUCAGAUGUUCUUAAGCUCACUGGUAACAAAUAAAGGAUCAGAGAACUUUGUUGUGU